AUGGCUGGUCAAUUGAUGGGCGAGGCCUUCCACGCUCUGCUACGGCGAGCGUCGGAAGAUACUGACCCCGAUGAUUCCCCUGAAGCAGGCUCGAAGGAGAUCACCAGCUCCUGGGCGCUGUUUAUUAUGAUCAUGCUAUUGAUGUUUGCCCUCUUCACAAGCUACAUCCUGCAGCAGAAGAAGAUUCAAGCUGUGCACGAGACGGUGCUGUCCAUUUUCGCAGGCAUGUUCGUCGGCCUUAUCAUCCGCCUCUCCCCCGAAUCGAACCUCCAAGACAGCGUUGCCUUCGACUAUCAAUUCUUCUUUAACCUCCUCCUACCACCAAUCAUCCUUGCGUCCGGCUACGAGCUUCACCAAGCAAACUUCUUCCGCCACAUCGGCACAAUUCUCACCUUUGCCUUCGCCGGCACUUUCAUCUCGGCCAUGGUACUUGGCCUGAUUCUAUACCUGUGGACGCGGAUCCCGCUGGACGGGCUGAACAUUUCAUUUGUGGAGGCAAUCUCCGUCGGUGCAACGCUCUCGGCUACAGACCCCGUCACUAUCUUGGCGAUUUUCAAUCUAUACAAAGUCGAGCCGAAGCUGUAUACCAUUAUCUUUGGCGAGUCGAUUUUGAACGAUGCUAUUGCUAUUGUUCUAUUUGAGACGGCGCAGAAGUACGCUCAGAAUGAUGCCGGCUCGCUAACUUUCCUUCAUCUAUUUGAAGCUACCGGGCUUUUCUUGCUCGUGUUCUUUGGUAGUAUGGUCGUCGGUAUUGUUGUUGGCAUUGCUACGGCGUUGGGUUUGAAGUAUACUUUGGUGAGGCGCAUGCCUAAGAUUGAGAGUUGCUUGAUUAUUCUCAUCGCCUACGCCAGUUAUUUCUUCUCCAAUGGCGUACAUCUUUCUGGCAUUGUGUCUCUGCUGUUCUGCGGAAUCACUCUUAAGCAUUAUGCUUACUACAACAUGUCCCGUCGUACUCAGCUGACUACCAAGUACCUUUUCCAAGUUAUGGCGCAGCUUUCGGAGAACUUUAUCUUCAUCUACCUGGGCUUGGACUUAUUUGUCGAGUCGAACCUUAAGUUCAACCCACUCUUCAUCCUUGUUGCUGUCUUCGGUAUCUGUCUUGCCCGAUACCUGGCCGUGUUCCCGCUUUCCAAGGCCAUCAAUUGGUUCAUCCGCUACAAGGCUCGGCGCCGUGGCAUUGAAGUCGCAGAUGAACUUCCCUUCGCCUACCAAGCGAUGCUCUUUUGGGCUGGUCUGCGUGGUGCUGUCGGUGUUGCACUGGCUGCCGGUCUUUCAGGAGUGAACGCACCAACACUGCGUGCUACAGUCUUAGUAGUGGUCGUGUUAACCGUCAUUAUCUUCGGAGGCACCACAGCCCGCAUGCUAGAGAUAAUGGGUAUUCGGACCGGUGUUGUCGAGGAAAUAGACUCCGACGACGAGUUCGAUAUCGAGGUGACCCACGGCGGCACCUACUACAAGCGCUCUGGUACUGCCCUGGGCUACACACCGCGCCGCGGAGACUCAACCAUCCCUCUCGAUGGCCUCAACCACCCCUCUCCUCAGCGAGGUGGUAUCGGCGAGCGCACAGAUAGCUACUCAACUGGGAACAGCCGGCGCCCCAGUCCACCUCAAGGCCACACCCGGAUGUACUCAGACGCCUACGGCCCCAGCGACACAGGAUCGCGACGCGAUCGCUCAUCGGCAGCAACUCUCCUCAACGGUGGCACCGCCGGCCCCAGCCUCGGCGGUGGCGACAGCGACGACGAAUUCGGCCUCCCACCCUCGGGCAAGAGCCGCGCGAACCCAGUCGCCCACCCCGACGAGUUCGAUCUUGACCUGGAAGGAAUUUCAGACGAUGACCUCCCACCAGUUACCGGCGGCCACCGCCUGCGCCGCUCCGCGUCCCACCCCUCGCAAGGAGCAACACACACGCCCUCCUCCAACGCAGCGUCCGCGAGUGUCUCACCCGCUCGCCGCGAAGCAUCCAGCCUUAGCGCGCGCGAAGCACUUCGGGAUCUAUUCUCCGGGGGAGCAAGCGGUGACCACGCGGCAUGGUUCCGCCAGAUCGACGAGGACUACAUCAAGCCUAAGCUGCUGCUUGAUCAGUCGAAUCAUAAGGGACCCGGGCCCGGGGCGGUUUGA